AUGUGGCAGGCCACCGCAGGGAUUUUACAACCCCAUCAUCAUUUUUCACUUUCACUUCCAAGCGGAAAUAAAUCUGGAGAGGAGAAAGGACGCGGCGUGGCCCCUACCUACCUCGGCCCAGUUAACUCCCAACUUGAAAAUUUGCUUGUUACAAAGGAGUUCAUCAAGAUAGUGGAUUUUGGACUUGCUCGUGAAAUUUCUUCUGAGCCACCAUAUACGGAAUAUGUGUCCACUCGUUGGUAUCGUGCCCCUGAAGUUCUUCUACAGGCUACUGUUUACAAUGCAGCAGUUGACAUGUGGGCAAUGGGUGCCAUUAUUGCUGAGCUUUUUUCGCUGCGACCACUUUUUCCUGGCUCAAGCCAUGCUUCUAUGUCCCUCCUUCACUCCGCUUCAAACCCACCGGAUAUGCAUCAACCCCACCAUCAGCUCCCAGAGAUUAACCAUAAGGUGACAAAGGCGAACGUGAUGAAUCAGUCUUGGUACAGACCAGCAGCAGUAAGGAACAAUGGGAAUUACCUUGCCAAGGAUCAGAACCCCCGUGCACCUGACCUUACUGAGAAGCUGUCUCAGCUGUCAAUGGGCCCCAACAGAGUUUCGGGUUUGGGUUCCGAGAGGAUGGUGGGCAUGGAGUUCAUCGACCCUGUUAUCGACCAGAGGCACCUCUCCAACUUGCAGGAUGGGCAGCUUCCCCUAUCCCUCUGUCUUCGUACCCACGAUGAGUUGUGGCUACUUGACCACCGCUGGGUUCCACGGAGGCCGACCCUAUCCUCGUACGAUCCGUACAACGAUGAGAUGUACGAUAUCGACCAGGUUGGUGUGGCCGACGAGCUCGAUGCCCCGACGAUGGGCACACUCUGGUUGUCCCGCGAUGAGUGGGUGGCAUGUCAGUUUGGGCAUGCGAGUAGGUCUUCCCCCUUCCCCGACUUCAGCUUAAUGGGUCGCAUGGGAUUUCAAGGAAAGGUCAAGACAGAUAUCUACAGCAACGUGGGCAAUGAGCUGCUUUCGUAUGCUGGGCGGUUCGAGCAGAACCCCCUAACGGUUGGUGGACGUGCUUCUUGCAGUGACUACACGACGGGUACUAGCAGCUUUGGGACCUUUUACACCGACGACACUCCUCCUUGGGGCCCCGAUGAGGCCAGGCCCUCAUAG